AAAAAAAAAAAGAAAAAAAAAGGAUACAAUUUACAAUUUCCUUUAAUUGUUAAUUAUUUGUUAUUUGUCACUCUACAUUAAUGUCCAGCGUUCUAUGUAUAGACGUUUAGAACUUAUUUUUUUGUAUUAUCAUCAUGUUAAGUUUUUUUUUGAACAAAACAACUUAACAUGUUCAUUCGUUUUUCUUUUUUGUGUUCGUCUUAGAAAAGUCUUUUUCUUUUUCUUUUAGUAUAUGUUUCAUUUAUUGAUUGUUCCUUUCUUUCCUCGUUUAUCAUAAUUGUAUACUCGUUUCUUUUUUUUAUUAUCUUCAUGCGUUGACUGAAAGAAAAGCAAACAAACAAACAUAAAGAGACAAGAAGAUAGAGACAGUUAUACAUAUAUAUAUAUAUAUAUAUAUAUGAACAAAAAAAAAGGAAAACAGAAAAAGUGAAAUAUUCAUCACUAUCUAAAGAAAGAAAGAAAUAAUAAAUAAAAUUUUGCUUUUUAAUUUUUUUUUUCUUUUUCGUUUAAUUUCAUAGGCAAAAAAAACAUAUAUAUUUCGUUUUUAGAAUAGUAAAAUUAAAAAGGUAAGAAUAUAAGGGAAAUUUCGUUAGUGAAGUUAUUGAGAAAUUUCUUUAAGGUAUAUUGGUUUUUUUUUUGUUCAUAUAGAUUUUUACGAAGGGUAGGUAAUAGAGACCGUCAGGUGUAAAGUUUUCGGACUCGGUUGAAUCGUACUUUGAUACUCUCAAUGAAAUUUUCUAAGUAGAAUUGGAUAGUCGUCCCGAAGAUACGAGAUAUUUAUUCCAGUUUCGAUGAGUAGCAAUCCUAUGCAUUUCUCAGACGAGUAGAGCCCAUCGGAUCCGAAAAUUUUCGGACUCUACUAGAUAAUCAGAUAAUGAUGCGUCUGACGACAAAACUUUUUUGAGUUUCUCUAAGAUAUUCAGUUUAGAAUUUUAUUAGAAAUAAAAAAUCAGUUAUUUUCGCUUUCGAAAUGAAUUUAUAUACAAUGAGAUUUUAUCAUCAAAUUAUAUUAUGACGGAUAAUAAUAUCUACCUUUAAGAACAGUCAUUGUCUAUAAAAAACAUUUCAACUAAUUGAAAUGUAUUAUAAAUCUCUAUUCUUCUUGUCUCUACAUUUGUUUUUAUAUAGGAAAAUCACAACGCACGCAAAGCCAUUUGCAUGUGUGUGUAUGUGUGUGUGUUUAGCUGAUUACUCUAGCUUGAAGUGUGGUAUGUGGUAUUUUCACAUUUAGUAAUUUUAUAGCAUAGCUCAUAUUGACAAAAAUCGCAGCAUUUUUAUAUACACAUAUUGUCUUAUAAAAUUCUAUAUAAUACCUUUCAUAUUUCAGGAAUUAACAUCAACAUUAAAUAAUAAUGAUAAUCAAAAACCAAAUGAUCUUGUUGAACAUAAAUCAGGCAUGUCACAUCAUGUUCAACCAAAUACACAAGUUUCUAAUGAACCACCGCCAUCAAAAGUUGAAAAUAUUCAUGAUGAUGAUGAUGAUGAAGAUUUCUUAGAUGCAUCAAAUACAAAUGAAUCGAGUUUUGAUACUGUUAUAGAAAAAAAACAAGAAAAUAUUAAUGAUAAUUCAUUCAAAAUUAAAGAUAAUGAAAAAUCAAUUCAGAAUGAUGACAAUCGAAUUAUUAUUGAUAUACAUGAUACUGCUAAUCGUUUAACAUCAUUACAUGAUCAAUUAAAUCAAUAUGUUUAUUUAACUGAUAAUCUCAAUGAACUUCAAACAAAUGUUCAACAAAUCAAAACAUUACAUUCAGGUGUUGAAAAAGAAAAAACAACUAUUGAUAAUCUUAUUGAACGAACUAAUCAAUUUAAUCCUCAACUUGUUACUUUAAGUCAAGAUCUUGAAGAAAAACGAGUUGAAAUCGCAGAUAUCAAUAGUGGUUUAAGUGAUAUAAUCGAACGAUUUAUAACACAAGUUAAUCAAUUCAAUACUGAAUAUAAUCAUUUAAGUGAAUGGCUUGAAAUAAAUAAUAAAGAAAUUCAAAAACCAUUAGAAUUAUCAACAUUAAAUAAUGAUAAUGAAAAAUUUCAAAAAAUUUUAACAACAACAAUUAAUUUACAAAAUGAUCUUAAAAAUCUUCAAGAACAUUUACAAUUAAUUGGUUUAACUAUACAAGAUUUUGAACAAGCAACUGGAAAUACUGAUGGUGGAAAAUCAGCUAAUAUAUAUAAACAACUUCAACAACGUUUUGAUAUUUUAUCAACAAAUUAUACAGAUUUUCUUAAACGUUGUAAACAAAUAUCUGAUCAAUGUGAACGUUAUAUGUUAACAUAUAAUGAAGUUAAUAAUCUUAAUGAACAAAUUAUUAAAUCAAUGAAUGAAUUUGAUCAAAAUUUAGCUUCAAAUAAAAAUCAACAACAAGAUGAUAAUACAUUACAAGUUCUUUUACUUAAUGUUCAACAACAAUUGGAUAAAUUAAGUAUGCUUGCAACACAUGAACCUAUGUCAUCAUCACCAAUUAUGUCAUCAAGUUAUCAUAUACAAAAUCAACUUAAAGAACAUCUUGGUACAUUACUUGAUUCACAUACUCAACAUUAUAAUGAUGCUCAACAAGGUUUAAUGAAUAAUUUUGAAUUAUUAGAACAUGAUAAACAUGAACGUCAAACAAUAAAAGAACGUAUAGAUGAAUUAAAUAAUUGGUUAUUAUCUUAUACAGAUAAAACAAUAAAUUCAAAUGAUUUAUUUUCUAAGCCAUUAUCAUUAAAACGUUCAAAACUUGAUGAACAAAUAAUAAAUUUUCGUCAAUUUCAUGCACAAUUAUUAAAACGUCGUCAUUCAUUUGAAACAGAUAUAAAUAGAAAAAUAAAUCUUGAACAAUUAUUUGAUAAUAAUGAUAAAAAAACAAUUGAUUUAAUAAAUAAAUCAUUUCAAUUAUUAGAUGAACAAGCUAAUCAAUAUAAUGAACGUAUUAAUCGUUUAUCAACACGUUUAAAUGAAUUUCAUCUUGAACAUAGUCAUUUAAUUGAUAAUUAUUCAAAACGUUUACGUCUUUAUAGUGAACAUAUUGAACAAAAUGAUGAUAUUAAUUUUUCAACAUUACAAUUAUUAUUAAAUAAUAAUAAUGAUUUAAUUAUUGAUCAUACAUUAUAUGAACAAUUAAAAAAAGAAUUAAUUGAAACAAAUAAUAUUGAAGAUCAAGAUGAAAUAUAUCAAUAUGAAAAACAAAUAAAUCAAUAUAAAAAUCAAUAUAAUACAUUUGAAAAUAAUUUAAAAUUAAUUCUUUCACAACGUGAACAAAUAUUAAAUGAAUAUGAAUCUAAUAAAAAUGUUUUACAAGAAUGGUUAUUAACUACAGAACGUUUAUUAAAACAACAACCAAAUGAAUUAACUAUUGAUAAAUGUCAACAAUUAUUAAAUGAACAUAAUAAUAUGCCUAUUGAACAAAUUAAAUUAUUAAAUCAAAAAUUAAUAGAAUUUUAUUCAUCAUCAAAUCUUAAACAUUUAUAUGAACAAUUAAAUUUAAAUAAAAAUAAACAACAUAAUACAAAUAUAAUUAAAAUAGUUCAACGACAAACAGAUGAAUUAAUUGAAAAUUAUUUAUUAAUAAAAGAAAAAAUUCUUCAACAUAUUAAUUUAUUAGAAAAAAUUCAACAACAAACACAUCAAUAUCAAUUAGCAAAACAAAAAGCAGAAAAUUCUAUUGAAAAAGCUAAAGAAUUAGUUACAUUAGAAGAAAAUACAAUACUUCCAUUAGAUAAUCAACAAAUUGAAAUUAUGUUAAAACGAUAUAAAGACAUUGCCGAUCAAUUGAAGCAUAUGACUUCAACUAUUGAUGAAUAUAGAACUAGUGGUUUAACAUUAAUUAAUACUGCUCAACGAUAUAUCGAUACUGAACCUAUCCAAAAUGAAAUUGCUUCUAUUGAUAAAUCAUGGUCGGAAUAUGUUGAAUAUAUUCUUGAUACAAUUGAUUAUAUUCAAUUACAUCAAGAAGAUUUACGUGAAUUUCAUCAAUUAUCAAAUGAUUUAAUUGAUAAACUUAAUGAAAAACAAAUAGAAAUGCAAAUAAUAAAUGAUAAUGAAUUAAAAACAUUUAGUGAUGAUUUAGAAAAAUAUUAUGAACAAGUUGAAUUAAUCAAUCAUAAAGGUGAACUUUUAUUACAAAGUUCAGCUGUUAAUUUAAAUGAUGAUAAUGAAAAUAAAAUUGAACGUUUAUUAGAAAUAAUUAAUCGUAAUUAUGAUAGUUUAACAAUUAAUACAAAAAUUCGUCUUGAAAAUAUUAAUCAUAUUCAACAAUCUACAACACAAUUACCAACAACAACAACAACAACAACAACAAUAACACCAGAAGAACAAAUUUCUCCAGAAAUAACAAAUAAAUUAACAAAUGAACUUCAUCAUCAUUUAGACGAAACAGUUUUAGCUAUGAAUGAAUUAUCUGAAUUAUUAGUAUCAUCAACAGGUGAUACAAUAUCUGCACAACCAAUUAAAUUAAGUGAACAAUUACUUGAUAAUGCUGCUGUUGAAAGUGAACUAGAACGACGUAAAAUUGCUCUUGAACAAUUACAUUCAAAUAUAGUAACACUUAAACAAAUAACAACAAAUCCCGAAGAUAUCGAUUCAAUUAAAGCUCUUGAUGAAAAAUUUACUCAAUUAAAUGAACAUUGGUUAAUAAUGAAACAAGCUAAUGAUAUUCGUACAGAAAAUCUUCUUUUAACACAAACAUGUGCUAAUACAUUUUGGUCACAACAUAAUGAACUUACAACAUUUCUUAAUAAUAUUGAUAAACAAUUAUCACAAAUUCGUCCACGUUCAACAUCACGUGAACAUAUUGAACAUGAAAAAGAAAAAUAUCAACAAUUAAUGAAUGAUUUUUCAAAUAAUGAAAUAAAAUACAAAGAAAUUCUUCAUCAACAUAGUCCACUUUUAUUAACAUUAAUAUCAAAUAAUCAAGAUGAAACUGAUGAUAUUCAACGUAAUUUAAAUGAAUUAGAACAAGAAUGGAAUCGUAUUGAAAUAAAUUUAAAUCAAUGUCAAAAUCAAUUAGAACAAGCUAUGAUUGAAUCAAAUGAAUUUAAUAAUAAAUUAGAACGUGUAUCAACAUGGUUUGAUGAUACAUUAUUUCCAUUACCUAUUGAAGAUAAUAAUGAAUUUGAACGUAUUCGAAUAUUUAAAGAACAUUUAGAUUGUAAAUAUCUUGAUAUUAUUAAUUUAAAACAAGAUUAUACUGAUAUUGAACAACAUAAACAACAACGAACUGAUGGAACAAUACAACAAGAUGAACAUGAUAUGGAAGAAACUGAAAAAACAAAUCUUGUUGAAGAACAAUUAAUUAAUAUUGAUUCAAAAUGGACACAAUUAAAUGAAAAAGUACAAGAACAUAAAACUCUGAUUUAUGAAACUGCACUUCGUCAAAAUCGUAUUGAUGAUGUAAUUACUGAUAUAAAUCGAUCAUUAGAUAAUUGUUCAUCAAAAUUAUCAGUUCUUAUCAAUAGUUCAUUGGAUAUGAAUUUAAAUGAUAUGAAACAAAUUGAAAUUUCAAUUGCUAAACUUCGUAUACUUUUAAAUGAUAUUGAAUUAAUAUCUUAUGAUAUUGAACAAUUAAAACAAAAUUCUUCGGAAGAUAAAAAUUCAAUUAUAUCAAUAAAUAAUCAAUGGGAAGAAUUACUUAAACAAGCAACAGAUAAAUAUAAUUAUUUAGAAAAUAAAUUAGAAUAUAUGAAAUUAAAACAAAAAACAAUUGAUCAUAUUUAUUAUGCAUUAGAUUUAAUUGAUAAACAAGUUAAUGAAAGUACAAUAAAUACAAAAUUUCCUUUACUUGUUGAACGUUUAGAAUAUAUUGAAGAAGAAAUUAAUAAAGAAUUUUCAAAUGAUAAUAAUAAUCAACAAAUUGAAGAAUUAAAAAAACGUUUAAUUGAUGUUAAACAACGAACAUUAACAAAAGGACAAGAAUUAAUUGAAUUAGCUCAUUCAAUUGAAUUAUUUCAUUCAACAUUACAAAAAUUUACUGAAUGGUUAAAUGAAACAGAACGUUAUUUAAAUAAUUUAAAACCUGUUCAACGACGUUUUGCAUUAAUUCAAACAUUAUUAAAACAAAUUGAUGAUCAUGAAUUAUUUCAAGCACAAUUACAAACAUAUAAAGAACAUCUUAUUGAUUUAGAUAAAUUAGCAACACAUUUAAAAUUUGUUUCACCUAAAAAUGAUUCAAUUUAUAUAAGAAAUUCUUUAAUAGCUGUACAAACACGUUGGCAAAAAAUUCUUACACGUACAACGGAACGUACAAAAGAAUUACAAAAAGCUUUUCAAGAAACUAAAAAAACUAUUCGACCUGAAAUAACAGAUAUUGAUAGAAUUAAAAAUGAAGUUAAUCGUCAAGCAUCACUUUGUACAUGUUCAAAAAAAUAUGAUGUACAACAAGUUUCUGAAGGACGAUAUCGAUUUGGUGAAUCACAAAGUCUUCGUCUUGUUCGUAUACUUCGUUCAACAGUUAUGGUUAGAGUUGGUGGUGGUUGGACUGCACUUGAUGAAUUUCUCGUUCGACAUGAUCCAUGUCGAGGACGUCUGUAUUAUAUGCCAGAAUAUCAAACAGCUAAAGGUCGUACUAAUUAUGAAUUACAUCCAGAAAGUUAUGCUUUACGUGAUGGUGUUGCUCAAACAAUGACAUUAUUUAAACCAAGACUUGUCACUGUUCAUCGACCAACAUGUCUUUUUCAUCAACAACAAUUAGCAACAGGUGGAAUAUCGAAACAAUCACCUGUUACAACACCAAUUCGAGGAACAAAAGAUAAAUCGCGACGAACAUCAUCAACUAUUUCUUUAACACAACAACAACAACAAAAUUCAGCAUCUGUUGGUGACUUAUCUGUAUCAGGUGAUGAUCUUUCAACAUCACCUCAUGUUCUUAGUGAUUCCGAAGUAAAACCAUCACAUAUACCAAUAGCCGUAGCUGCAACUACUCCAGUAACAGCAACAUUGAGCCGAACAUCAAGUCGUGAAAGUGAUCUUUCUGAACAUUCAAUUGCAUCGACAUCUUCUUCACAACAACGACGACCAAGUAAACUUCCAUUACCAAUAUCUCGAAAUAAAAAGACAACAAAUGGAACAACACCAGCGAAGAAUUCAUAA